AUGAAGUGGUUCUCUGCCCUCGUCGCUUUCACUGCCAUCCAAGUCGCUGCGGCUGCUCCUACCACCCUGCUCAAGCGCGCCUCGGUUCAUGAGACCGCUACGCUUGGCUACGCUGCUGGUACCACCGGCGGUUCCGGGGGUUCCACCACCACCGUCACGAACUACGACGACCUCGUCGCCGCGGUCUCUGGCAACGACUCGAAGAUUGUCAUCAUCUCCGGCACCAUCACAGGCGACGAUGCCGCGGUCGUGAAGGUCGGCUCCAACACCUCCCUCCUCGGCGCUGCCGGCUCCCAACUCAUCGGCAUCGGCGUGCGCGUCCUGAACCAGUCCAACGUCAUCCUCCGCAACCUGAAGGUUUCCAAGGUGCUCGCGCCCACCGACGCCAUCGGCAUCCAGGCCUCCUCCAACGUCUGGGUCGACCACGUCGACCUCUCCAGCGACCGCGACCACGACAAGGACUACUACGACGGCCUCCUCGACAUCACCCACGGCUGCACCGGCAUCACCGUCACGAACUCGUACCUGCACGACCACUGGAAGGCGUCGCUCGUCGGCCACUCGGACAACAACGGCGCGCAGGACGUCGCGAUCACCGUCACCUUCGCGCUCAACCGCUGGGUGAACCUCAACUCGCGCACGCCGUCCCUCCGCUUCGGGCACGGGCACAUCUUCAACAACGUCUUCGACGACAACAACGACGGCAUCAACACCCGCGACGGCGCCCAGGUCCUCGUCCAGAAUAACGUCUGGACCGGCACCGACAAGCCCCUGUACUCCACCGACGAGGGCUACGCCGUCGCCACCGGGAACGAUUUCGGCGGCGCUGACAACGCCGCACCGGAGGGCAACUUCACCGACCCGCCCUACAGCUACACCCUCCUCGCCGCCAGCGCCGUUCGCAGCGCUGUUGAGGGCACCGCGGGACAGACCCUCUCCUUCUGA